GCCCACCAUUGCCUGCAAACGUAAAACCUUCGAGAGAGAGAGAGAGAGAGAGAGCCCUACAAAGCAAAACCCCAGAACCCUCUCCAUCUCAGCUACAAAAUCAAUUCAUUCCAUUUUAAUGGCUUCAGCUGCUCUGAGAAACCCUAAUUCGAAGCGUUUGAUCCAUCCGUUAUCGUCUCAAGUAUACCAGUCCUGUCGGGUAGGAUCAUCUAUCUCCACACAUGCACAGUAUUCUGUAUCGGAUUCUCUCGCUGGAAAUGGCAAAGCUCCUGCAACCAUUCCUUGGUGGAGAUCCAUGGCCACUUUCACUCGAACAAAACCUCAUGUUAAUGUGGGAACCAUUGGACACGUUGACCAUGGGAAGACCACUCUGACCGCCGCAAUUACAAAAGUGCUAGCAGAAGAAGGCAAAGCGAAGGCCGUAGCCUUUGAUGAAAUUGAUAAGGCUCCUGAAGAGAAAAAGAGAGGGAUUACUAUUGCAACGGCCCAUGUAGAGUACGAGACUGCUAAGAGGCACUACGCUCAUGUUGAUUGCCCAGGACAUGCAGAUUAUGUCAAAAACAUGAUUACUGGAGCUGCCCAAAUGGAUGGGGGUAUUUUGGUUGUCUCGGCUCCUGAUGGGCCCAUGCCACAGACAAAGGAACAUAUUUUGCUUGCACGACAGGUUGGUGUGCCAUCGCUUGUUUGUUUCCUGAAUAAGGUUGAUGCUGUAGAUGAUCCUGAGUUACUGGAGCUUGUGGAAAUGGAACUCCGUGAGCUUCUUAGCUUCUACAAGUUUCCUGGGGAUGAAAUACCCAUUAUUCGGGGUUCAGCUUUGUCUGCUUUACAAGGUACUAAUGAAGAAAUAGGUAAGAAGGCCAUUUUGAAAUUAAUGGAGGCUGUAGAUGAAUACAUUCCCGAUCCUGUACGGCAACUUGACAAGCCUUUCUUGAUGCCAAUUGAAGAUGUUUUCUCAAUUCAGGGUCGUGGAACUGUUGCAACUGGCCGUGUUGAACAAGGGACAAUUAAGGUUGGGGAUGAGGUUGAGAUCUUAGGGUUGAUGCAGGGUGCUCCAUUAAAAUCUACAGUGACUGGUGUUGAAAUGUUCAAGAAAAUCUUGGAUUUUGGACAAGCUGGUGAUAAUGUGGGUCUUCUUCUACGUGGCUUAAAACGGGAAGAUGUGCAGCGAGGGCAGGUGAUUGCUAAGCCAGGGAGUGUGAAAACAUACAAGAGGUUUGAGGCAGAGAUAUAUGUCCUCACAAAGGAUGAAGGUGGACGCCAUACUGCCUUUUUCUCAAAUUAUAUGCCUCAGUUUUACAUGAGGACCGCAGAUAUUACUGGUAAAGUGGAGUUGCCAGAGAAUGUUAAGAUGGUUAUGCCUGGGGACAAUGUCACUGCUGUUUUUGAGCUCAUAUUACCAGUUCCUCUGGAAGCAGGACAAAGAUUUGCUUUGCGCGAGGGAGGUAGAACAGUUGGUGCCGGGGUGGUUUCAAAAGUAAUCAGCUGACAUCUGCUGGUGCCGGAUUUGUUCAAGCUUUUUCUGUUUCUUCUAUCAUGAGAAUAGGGUGAUAAACAAAAGACCUGGUUGCUGGAUGAGAAAAGAAAAACCUGGUUUUGUAUCGGAUUAUCCAUGCCAUCAAACCUGUUGGCCUACACCAAACCUGUUCUUGGCAUCUUAAAGAGGUCGCCGGAGUACUAGAAAGUUCACCUUAUUGAGAUGAGAUCAUUGCAUACUAGGGAAACAUAGGGAAUCAUUAUUGGAAAUGUCAAUUAUUUUCUGUGUUCUUGACCAAUACUUCUCAUGGUAGUGCUGCUGUAACAGUUGCCUGUGUUUGAAUGACUUCAGGAUGUGGGUAAAGGAUGCCAAUUACUUAAACUGGAAAUUGGCUAGUUGUGGCUUCA